AUGGAAGCACUGGCUGGUGCUGGUCUUAUGCCAAUACCAUCGAAGCCCAUCGAACGCACAAAUCAGAAUGUAACUCCCGUAACUGAAUCAGAUGGUCUCGAUACACUGAUAAACGAAGAUUUUAACGAAGAUGAUGAUCAAGAAAAACGACUGAAUGAUUUAAAAGCCAAAUACACGUUAUAUCCAUCACUCGUCGAAUUAAAAGCAAUGAUUGAUGAGGAAAAUCCAAGUGAACCUGUAGUUAUUAAUCCUCCAUCUAUUGAACCAUUGAAGGAGUUUAUUACGAGACGCGCAAUAACAAUCGAAGGUUUAAAAGAUCUUCGAGCUCGCAUGGCUAAACAUGUUUUAAAUUGUAAAAUUUCAAAUACUGUUGGUAAUUCGGCAUCUAUUGUAGGUGGACUUCUAUGUUUUGUUUUUCCACCUAUCGGUGUACCAGUAUUACUUGCUGGUGCUGCAACAAGUCUUGGAACUAAUAUCACAGAAGGUUUUAUUGAAAAACGUCUUCGAAAAAAAUAUAUUCAUAUGAUACAAGAAGAUUCAUUAGCAAUGAGAGUAUGUGAAACAAAUAUAAAAGAUAUCACAACAUGGCUUGUUACGGUCUAUUCACUUGGUUAUACAGUAUCCAAAGCUGGAGUAAAUUUUUUUCAAUUAUCUGAAGCUAUUCAAGCAGCUACAACGCUUGGCACAUGGGCUGAAUUAGUUGGACAAUUGCCAUCAUUAGCAGGUGCUCUUGCAACGGGUGCUAAAACAGCCGGUACAGUAAGUGGUAAAAUUUUGGGUGUAUCAGUAAUUAUUUCUGUGGCAGAUCUUAUACACACUUGGAUAGUAAAAAAUGCAACAUUGAAGUCAAUUGAUAAAGAUAUUGGAUUACUUGAACAACAAUUAGUAGAAUUACAGCGAAUAACUGAAGUUUAUCAUGCUUAA